GGUUGGUGGAAGUUAUCAUAUGGAAAAGGAGGGAUUGAAGCGUUGUCUCGAUAAGCUCGAGUCUAAUGGUUUAGCUGUUGACUACAUCGUCACCGAUCGCCAUCCGCAGAUUCAGAAGUACCUGAGGGACCGCAAUAUCACUCAGUUCUAUGACGUGUGGCACUUUGAGAAAGGUUUAUCUAAGAAACUUGACAAACUUUCAAAAAUGAAGGACUGUGAGGUGCUGAAAAAAUGGUUGCACAGCAUCAAAAACUAUGUUUACUGGAGUGCGAUUUCCUCUGAGUCUGGGCCAGAAAAGGUGGCGAAGUGGAAUUCACUGCAGAACCACAUCCAAAAUGUACAUGUUCAUGAGAACCACCUCUUCCCCAAGUGUGAACACCCAGACAAAGUUUCCAGGGAUCCAAAAAAAUGGAUCCAACCAGGAUCAAUAGCGCUCCAUAAAGUGGAAAAGCUAUUAUACAACAAGAGAGUUCUCAAGGAUAUAGAAAAGCUCAGCCACAACUUUCAGACGUCAUCACUGGAGGCUUUCCACAGUCUGAUUUUGCGUUUUGCCCCAAAGAACGUGAUUUUCCCUUUCAUAGGAAUGUUGUGCAGGGGAAUGCACAGCAAAGCCAGUGAAAAUAGAACCAACAUACAACUAUGUGGAUGACCUUAUGAGCCUUCUGUUACAUAAAGUCUUUGUGGACCCCAAGCCAUAUGCGGAAGAGCUGCAUGCAAUCCCCAUUCCACCUCCUCUGUCAUCACAGUAUGAAAAACCUUCCAAAGAAGAGGUGAUUGCCCAGCGUGUGUCACGAUUCAGUCGAGGGGUGGCCAGAACCCAACAUACUGUCCCGCUGGAUCAGGAAACUGUAGACGGAUCCGGUUAACAACACAUGAGGGGAUGACAACCCUCACACUACGUCCUAGGUAGCCCCAGCACCAGCUGACAAAGCUGCGAUAGGCCAGAUAACGGAAACGCCUAUGGCAGGAAUAGAAAACCUCAAUAUUGUGUAUAAAACCAGUGGUAUAUUGGAAACAUGUAUAUGUGAUGUGAAAAUAUGUUUGAUAAAAAUGUAUAUUUUGAU